AAUCAAUUAUGUUAAGCAAACCUUGAAAUCCUUAAUCUCUCGUUUGUCUGUUCUAGAUAAUAUUUCUGUCUACGAUUUGCUGUAUGUUGAUUUUGCAGAGGACUCUAGAUCACUACCGAUGAAUCAAUCCUAUGCCCCUUCAACAUUUGUAUUUAUAUUGACAAACAAAUACAUGAGCCGGCUCGAGAUCAUCGCUCAUCUGCAGAAAUGCAUGCUCAGGCGCAGUUCUUCUCCCAAGACAAGAUACCGACUGAUCUAGGCCCACUACAAAAAUCUGCUCAGCGUUGCUGUUGCAAUUACAACCAUAAACCAAACGGGUGCCUUGGAACUCAUACUACCAUGGGAUGAUGGAAAAGAUCGACACGGAAUUUGCGGUUCCACGCCACAUGCCCCAGGGCUACAGAGGAACAACCGCCAUAUUCAUUGCCUCCCAUGCACCUUUCUUCUCCCCAUCAAAAAUUUGAAAAGUAUCACAGCUAGAAGUCUCCUGCAUAGGUCGGUCUUUGAACUUGGCUAGUCACGCAUCAUAGUAGUCGUGUAAGAGGUACAGAGAAAGAGAGAGGGACAGAAUCAUGGCCUCUGCUCUACUCCAAAUCACCUUUCACAAUUCAUCGUCGCUUUCGUUUGGAGGCCAGUGGUCGCGCCGACGGGGACACAAUAUGGCGGGACGAUAUGGUGGUGGCUUCACGUUACGUGCGACUGUCCUGACUGAAGCGGCACCUGUCAAAUUGCACCAUGAUGAACUGGAAGUUGAUUUAUUUGCAUGCCCUAUCUGUUUUGAGCAAUUGACAAGAAAAGGUCCAUCAGGUUUGAACUUGCCUGCUAUUUACAGGUCAGGUUUUAAGUGUCGUACAUGCAAGCGGACCUACUCUAGUAAGGAGACAUAUUUGGAUCUCACUGUCACCUCUGGGACAAAAGGGUAUAACGAGGUCAUGCCUACCAGAACAGAGUUAUUCAGGAGCCCAUUGGUUUCAUUUGCAUAUGAAAGAGGAUGGCGUCAAAAUUUUGGCAGGAGUGGCUUUCCCGGCCCUGAUGAAGAGUUCAAAAUGGCGCAAGAUUAUUUCAAACCAAUAGAAGGUGGUGUGCUGGUUGAUGUGAGUUGUGGAAGUGGCUUGUUUUCAAGGAAAUUUGCCAAAUGUGGAUCAUACUCUGGCGUGAUUGCAUUGGACUUUUCAGAGAACAUGCUCAGACAAUGCUAUGAUUUUGUGAAACAGGAUGAAAGCCUUUUAUCUGCGAAUUUUGCUCUUGUUCGGGCUGAUAUUUCAAGGCUUCCUUUUGCAUCUGGUUCUGUUGAUGCUGUUCAUGCUGGUGCUGCAUUACACUGUUGGCCUUCACCUUCUAAUGCUGUGGCAGAAAUCAGUCGCGUCCUGAGAAGUGGUGGUGUGUUUGUCGCGACCACGUUUCUAGGGCCUGCGUUCGCCAGCCCAUUUCUUCGGGAAGUGAGACCCCUUAUAGAAGCAGCUAGGCAGCUAACAAGCAGCUACAACAAUCUAAGCGAGAAGGAGAUUGAAGAUCUAUGCGAGUCAUGUGGAUUUACUAAUUAUACAAGUAAGACAGAUCGAGCAUUUAUUAUUUUUUCCGCACAGAAACCAUAGAAAAUGUAUAGUCGACAUUAAACCAAGUGUUGAGGUACAUUCUCUUUUAAAAAAGCAUAGGGGUUUGUUGUCCUCUCCAUUGUAUCAGUCCCGCAAAGAAGCAUGCAAACGUCCCCACUUGCCAA